UCAUCGUACCGAUCGUAGCUAUCGGUCUUCCUAGGGCUUCACCAGCUUCCCAAAGUGCUAAUCCCAGAUCUAAAACCUCUAUAUUUUGCUCGGAACAGCAGUUUUUGUUUGUUGCUAUUGGACGACGAAACAAUGGCUGCGACUAUGGUGAGCUCCGCGGGUGGUCUCUUAGCGAUGCUUAACGAGCCACAUCCGUCCCUUAAACUCCACGCUCUCUCCAAUCUUAACGCCUUCGUUGACUACUUCUGGCCGGAGAUCUCUACCAGCGUUCCAAUCAUAGAGAGUUUAUAUGAAGACGAAGAGUUUGAUCAAAGACAGUUAGCUGCUUUACUUGUUUCUAAGGUUUUCUAUUAUUUGGGAGAACUCAAUGACUCGUUAUCAUAUGCCCUCGGAGCUGGCAGCUUAUUUGAUGUUUCUGAAGAUUCAGACUAUGUCCAUACACUUCUUGCUAAAGCUAUUGAUGAAUAUGCAACUCUUAGAACUAAGGCCGCAGAAUCAAAUGAAGCUGCAGAUUUGGACCCUAGGCUGGAAGCAAUAGUUGAGAGAAUGCUUGACAAGUGUAUAAUGGAUGGGAAAUAUCAACAAGCUAUUGGGAUGGCCAUCGAAUGUCGAAGAUUGGAUAAGCUUAAGGAAGCAAUUACAAACAGUGAUAAUGUUCAUGCAACUCUGUCAUAUUGCAUGAAUGUAUCUCAUGCCUUUGUCAAUCGAAGAGAAUACCGAUGUGAGGUUCUUCGUCUUCUUGUUAAAGUUUAUCAGGAUCUGGCAUCUCCAGAUUACUUGAAUAUUUGUCAGUGCCUUAUGUUUCUGGAUGAGCCCCAGGGUGUUUCAACCAUAUUAGAGAAACUUCUACGCUCUAAGAAUAUAGACGAUGCAAUGCUUGCAUUUCAAAUAGCCUUUGAUCUCGUUGAGAAUGAACACCAAGCUUUUCUAUUGAGUGUGCGAAAUGGGCUCUCAAGUCCAAAGUUGCCCGCUCCUCCUGUAACCACUGUAACUGAAACAGAUUCUGCUCAAAGUGGAAAUCCAUCUAUGUCAGAAGACACUCAAAUCACCGCUGAAACCCAAGCACCUAAUGCUACUGUGCCUGAAAUAGAUCCAGGUGAACUGACAUAUGCUGAGGAGUUGACUAAACUUAGAGAAAUACUGUCUGGGGAAACUUCAAUACAGCUGACUCUGCAGUUCUUAUACAGUCACAACAAGUCGGAUCUACUUAUUCUGAAAACAAUAAAGCAAUCGGUAGAGAUGAGAAACAGUGUGUGCCACAGUGCAACUAUAUACGCUAAUGCAAUUAUGCAUGCUGGAACUACUGUGGAUACAUUUCUAAGGGAGAAUCUGGACUGGCUGGGCAGGGCCACAAACUGGGCUAAAUUUAGUGCAACUGCUGGGCUAGGUGUUAUUCACAGAGGCCACCUGCAACAAGGAAGAUCACUGAUGGCCCCUUACCUUCCCCAAAGCGGAUCUGGUGGUGGUGGUAGUCCAUAUUCUGAAGGUGGUGCCCUUUAUGCUUUGGGACUGAUUCAUGCAAACCAUGGGGAAGGGAUCAAACAAUUCUUACGUGAUAGCCUGCGAAAUACUAAUGUUGAGGUUAUUCAACAUGGUGCUUGCUUAGGUCUAGGCUUGGCAGCUCUAGGAACUGCUGAUGAAGAUGUUUAUGAUGAGAUUAAGAGUGUCCUUUACACCGACAGUGCAGUUGCUGGUGAAGCUGCUGGUAUUAGCAUGGGAUUAUUAAUGGUUGGAACUGCAAGCGAAAAGGCAAGCGAAAUGCUGGUGUAUGCUCAUGAGACACAACAUGAAAAGAUCAUAAGGGGGUUGGCAUUGGGUAUUGCCCUCACAGUUUAUGGACGAGAAGAACAAGCAGACACACUAAUUGAACAGAUGACCCGGGAUCAAGAUCCUAUACUACGUUAUGGUGGCAUGUAUGCAUUGGCUUUGGCAUACAGUGGGACAGCAAAUAACAAGGCAAUCCGACAACUUCUGCACUUUGCUGUUUCCGAUGUGAGUGAUGAUGUCAGAAGGACUGCUGUUUUAGCCCUUGGGUUUGUUCUGUACUCUGAACCGGAACAGACCCCACGUAUUGUCUCUCUCCUGUCCGAGUCUUACAAUCCCCAUGUACGAUAUGGGGCAGCUUUGGCCGUAGGCAUUUCCUGUGCUGGUACUUGCCUAAGCGAGGCUAUAUCUUUGCUAGAACCCCUGACAUCAGAUGUGGUUGAUUUUGUUCGUCAAGGUGCUCUUAUUGCAAUGGCUAUGGUGAUGGUCCAAACCAGUGAAGCUAGCGAUUCUCGUGUUGGGACAUUCAGGCGGCAAUUGGAGAAGAUCAUUUUGGAUAAACAUGAAGAUACGAUGAGUAAGAUGGGGGCUAUUUUGGCCUCUGGAAUUCUCGAUGCUGGCGGAAGGAAUGUUACCAUCAAGUUGCUUUCCAAAACAAAGCAUGACAAGAUAACUGCAGUCAUUGGGCUUGCUGUUUUCAGCCAAUUUUGGUACUGGUAUCCUCUAAUAUACUUCAUUAGCUUAGCUUUCUCCCCCACAGCUUUAAUUGGACUCAACUAUGACUUGAAAGUACCAMGMUUUGAAUUCUURUCWCAYGCSAAACCAUCAUUGUUUGARUAYCCUCGRCCMACRWCYGUACCSACCRCCACAUCAGCUGUSAAACUCCCGACUGCUGUUUUGUCMACWUCRGCWAGAGCCAAGGCYAGAGCYARUAAGAARGAGGCWGAAAAAGCUAAUGCUGAAAAGUUAUCUGGCACCGAUUCUGCUGCCGCCUCAAGUUCUGGGAAAGGAAAAACUUCAGUUGAGAAGGAUGGAGAUUCUAUGCAGGUUGAUAGCCCCACAUCCGAGAAGGAAAAGAAGGCCGAACCUGAACCAGCUUUUGAGAUUUUGACAAACCCUGCAAGAGUGGUCCCUGCUCAAGAGAAAUAUAUCAAAUUCCUAGAAGAUAGCAGAUAUGUUCCGGUGAAGGCAGCUGCUUCCGGUUUUAUUCUUGUAAAAGACCUGCACCCUACUGAACCAGAACUGUUGUCUCUAACCGAUGCACCCUCAUCAACUACUGGUGGUGCACCAGCAACUACACAACCAGGGUCCACCACAGGCAUGGCUGUAGAUGAUGAGCCUCAGCCACCUCAACCAUUUGAAUACAGUACCUGAUCAGCCUUGUAGGUAACUAGUGCCAAUUUGAAAAACUGGUUUGGGUAUAGUUGUAUCUUUUCUCUUGAAUCAAAUCAGGUCAAUCUGAUUGGAUCUAAUGUUAGAUUUCAUUCAAAUUGGUACUUAUACUCGUUAGUUUCAGGUUCAGCAAUUGCAAAUAGCAGUCAUUGAGUUUCUAAA